GGGCCUGGAUCGCGGCGGGAUGAGACCCCAGGGGGACCGGUCGGCGCUGGGCAGCCCCGCGGUGGCCGUGGCGUUCCCGGGAGCUGUGUGCCGGGGCAGCGGCUACCGCUUCGCCUGCGAGCUCCUGAAGCACGUCCUGCACCAGCGGAACCAGCUCCCGCUGCCCUACGAGCAGCUCGCGUACUUCUGCCGGCAGGCGGCCCAGGAUGGAGAUGGAAUUGGGAAGCCACUUUCCCUGGGCCUGGCAAGCAGAAAGUGCCAGCAGCUGCUGAUGGAACUGGAGGGAUUGUUCCAGCACCUGGAAGUCAUGUUUAGUCUGACACUGGUUCCUCGGGUUCUUUUCCUACUUGGUGGCAAUGUCAUGAACCCCAAGGAGCUCUAUGAGCUGAAUUUGGAAGGGUUCUGCGAGGGCGCUGCUGAGGAGAGCCUCCAGACUGCGCCCUGUGUUCGCCAGCUCUUUCACCGCCUCUUUGUCGCUGAUGUCUUCAGCGAACUUAAGGCUCUCCCUGUCACAGGCACUCUUGUCCUGGUCCAAGGACACCGUGACUGUGGUGUUGAGUGGUUCCGGCCCAAGCUCAACUACCAAGUGCCGACCCGAGGGAGGAAGCUGACUGUUAAGUUGUCCUGUGAUGGAGACCUCCAUGUUAGUGCUUCACCUCCACAGCACACCACACCUGCUUGGGAGGACUAUGUCUGGUUCCAAGCACCAGUGACCCUCAAAGGCAUUAGUGAAUGAAUGGUUUCCAUGGAAGUUCAAUUGGAAUAUUGAUUACAUUUUUUUGUUUAGGCCUUAAUUUUAGCAAAUGCAACCAUGUAUUUUUGAAUCGUGUCUGUAUGAAUUUUUUUUCUUCAUGGAGUCUACUCACUUCCUGUAGCUUGCUGCGCUCAUCUGUUGUCCUUAUUUCCUGAGUUGUUGUUGAAGGCAAAUCCACUUUAAGGCACAGUUGCACACAGGUCCAAUGAUUCUUUAGGGACCUGAUCUGUGACAUGAAAUGAAUUAAUUUGUUGGGAGUAAAAGUCCCCUGCUUUGUGCUUGUUGAACUAGAAAAUGCUGGUCACAUACAAUCUUCUCCUGAGUUUUAAAUAUGGUCAUUUUCUGAUCCUGCCUUUGCCGUGCUCCCCAUAGACUGUCUUCAGUGAAGUUACUUCCUUCAUAAUAACUCUCUGUGAGGAAAACCAUCUGCAGUCCUUAAAAGGCUCCUCAUAGCAAGAAACCCAGAGGGCAAAACUGCAGCAGGACACAGAGGUAAUAUUGUUGUGGAAAAGGGAUUUAUUUCCAGCUAGUAAAGAAUGGGGCAGGAUGAAGGCAGUUCCUCUGCAAAGGACUGGAGCUGCCAGGGCUACCUUGGAGCUGGGAGGAGCCGUGUCCAGGGGCCCCUUGGCAACCCUUCAAGCACCAGCCACGGCUGCCGUGGUGUGUGCCCCACUUGAGUCCUCAAGUGUUUGCCCAUCUAUUUGAUCAAAUAGAUCCCCAUGACUCACUUUCUGUUCAGUAAUAUUCCAAAGUAAGACUUUUCAGCAAAUGAAAAAUCUUGUAGUUAGUGCUGCCUUGGAGAUUGAAAGAGACGGGCACGGUGGAGGCCUAAGGGCCCUGACAAUAAGUUAGAUACAAGAUUAAAAGUAAGCAGUGUCUUUGCUAACCCUCUUCAGGGAAAGUUAGAAGUGCUGUUCCAAUAAUGGAAGAUAGCUCUCACUUGAGGAAGAAACUUAGACUUCAGCAUAUCUGAAAUGCUUAGAAGUCGGGGAAUGUGAUCAAGUUUAGCACUGUCCUAACCUGCCAAAUUCCUUUUGUUAGUCAGAUUGUAUCACUUAGAAUCAGAACUGUUUUUUCUGGGCUGGUGUCUACUGGAGAACAGGACAGGGAGAGAAGCUCUGAGAGCAGUGUGUUAGAACUAGGUAUCUGCUGGAGUUGUCUUCAGUCAGCUGGGCAAUUAUCUGUGCUGUAACGAGCUUUCAGUAGCUUCAAAUAGCUCCAUCCAUUUGAAGAGAAAUGUGAACCUACUGGUAGUGAGGGUACUUGCUGUUAUGAGUCAAAAAUGCGCAAUGAGGUGGUAAAAAUCCUUUGUGGAAGAGGGUAAGGAUUGAAGUAACCCUCUAUACUUGGUGUGUAUUUUAACUUUGACCUUUUGGAAUGGAAUGAGAUGAUAGAAGUAGAAGGAACUUCAUUUGAUAUUUUUGAGCUUGGAGAACAUUAGAGUGCUCUCUCUGCUCUAUUAUCCAUUGCUAUCUGUUUACAAUGUGCGGUAGCUGCUUCUUAAGCUAGUUCUAGGGGAAAAACUGAGAGUGAAGAAAGGUGCCUGAUGUGCAACUGCUCACUUGAAUAUGAAAUUCCAGGUCUCUUGAAGGAAAUACAACUUGAAUGUAGGAGUUUUGUGCUCAGGAGAUCAAAGCCCUUUACGCUUCCACCAAAGCUGCUUGUAACACUUAUUUAAGAAUUAUUUAAGGUGCCCAAGUGUUUAAAGAAGCUUUCAAACAGAAGCCUUGACCAGCUCCUUUCACUUCUCUUCCUCAGAUGAGUGCAAUGUUACUUCAAUAAACUGUUUACAUAUUCUAUUAUACUUGAGCUAUGAAUGCAGAAAUGAUAUGAUGCUGGGAAUGAAAGAACAAAGGAUGCUAUUUGGAUUUUUUUUGUUUGUAUUUUUUCUUAUGAAAGCAUGUAGAACUUGACU